AUGGUGUUGCUGCCACUCUUUUCUGCCAUCACUGUAUUGAUACAUUCGGUCCAGCUAGCGAUGGCAGAUAGCCAAGGUCAAACCCGCGUCAAUACCAUCCUCAAGCGAGCCAACCAUGCGGAUAUGGAUAGUGUUCUAGGAGGCGUGUUUGUCAAGAACAGCACGCAAACCUCGUGCCAGCUAGCACUUCUGAACAGCCAACCUGGGUUUCUUGCGGCCAGCUGCCUGGACUACAUUGGAAACAGCGUCAACAAUGCUACAAAGUACGGGGUGUAUGUUAGCGCCAACGCAGCAAACAAGCCAUUAAGGUUCACAACGGAGAGGAUCAGCGUACACCCACGCUACGCCCCUAUUUCAUUCGCCAGCAAUAUUGCCAUUACGCAGUAUAGCAUAUCACUUCAACUGGGCCAAAGGCGUGCUUGGUAA